AUGUUUUCCAUAGAAGCGCCGCUCGAACAACAACUGGCACUGAAGUUGCUGCGCAUUUGUCGCGACCUGUACAAGGACGUCUCUCCGCAGAACUACUCCAUCCAGCUCCUCUACUACUAUGUCAAGCUGUUGUACGUGCGCGAGGCUACGGCGGACUUCAAGUGGACUUACAUCGAUCUGUGCAAGAAGUUCGUCUACUUCUUCGAGCACAAGGGCGCGACGCACGCCAAAGAGCAGUGGUUCAUGGACCUGCUGGUGUUCUUCCAGCGCCUGCAGAUGCUGCUUCAUCAGAGCAGCAACAAGCCUCCCUUAGACAUUAUUUGGCAGCAGCUCGAGGGCGACGACAGUCCCGAGGUAUACACCGCCCACUUUCAACUGCUGCAUGGCUGCCUUGGGCUGACGGUGAACGUAGUGAGGAGUCCGCUGGGGACCAGCUGCUCCAACGAGGCCUGUAAAAGCAUUCGCAGGCAUUGCCUUCUCUCCUUCGGGAUGUGCGCCCUGGAAGCUUACGUUAACUGGCAGCCGACGACCGAACAGAAGUCGGACAAGGCACCCUAUAAGCCGCUCUUGGGCAUUCUUGGCUACACCUUGGACGUGGCCAAGAGCAUGAAUUGCCUGGGGCCCUCCGCCAUGGAGCUAGUCAAGCUGGUGCGUCUACUGGCACUCGUGGCCGAAAAGGUAGCGUGUCCCGAACAAAUGUCCCUUGUUCUGGCCUUCUUGGAGCCCUUGCAACAUCUACGACCGCUCAUCACCAGCCAGAAAAUGCUUAGUGUGCUCCUGCGAAUCUACAAAGCCAGUGUCCACUGCAAGAGCUCCGACAUGGCCAACCGUCUGCAGUCCACCUACCUUGCGGCCCAAACGAAUCCCUCGCGGUUGCGUUCACAGCUCUUCGUCCACUACCACAAUGCCAAUAAUACGGAGAAGCGAAUGCUAUACGAUGUGGAUCUGUUGGCCGUGCUGCACUUCCAGAGUGCGCGGCCCGUACCCCUGCUGCAGUCGCUACUACGCUGCCGUCACAAUGACUACCACCUGGUUCUCCUGGCACGCAAGAUGCGCACCGACAGCGAGGUGGUGCGUCAGUGCGAGGAACUGCGCUCCCAGCUGCAAAGCACGGCCCUCAAGCAACCGCUCAGCCGCAUGCAACAGCUGGCCAUUGGCCAUACCAGUAUCAGUGUGCUGCUGGAGGCUUUGGAGGCACAGAAGACCAAGUUCUCGAUCAAGGAGACGGCCGAGAACAGCCUGGAGGAGUUAAUCGUCAAGAACAACUUGCUGGAGCUCAACAUUAAGCGGGAGCAUCGCCUGGUGGAGUUGGCCACAUCGGCCAUCGCUGGCUUCGCAGCCUUCUUCGAACGUGCAGACCAAGAGCCCCUCGGCUGCGACGAUACACCAAUCGACUGGGAAGCCCUGAUCGACGAUGCAGUUGCUGCAGCCAUGGCUCUGUCUACCAUGGGCUACAUGGCGCAGGCCGAUGAAGCCUGGCUGCUGAUACUCAUGAUUGGGCAAAUGCUGGACGAGAGAUUCACCUACCUGCGAGCCCUGACCCACUUCCUGGGACAAGACCACCUGAAUUCUAACCAGCAGCUCCAACUCUCCGAGGAGGUGGAUCGAGCGCAGGAGCUGCUCGACGAUCUGUGGCCUCAGCUCCAAAACGGAUGGUUCUUUAAGCGCCAACAUACUAUAGUGAUGCUCUGCCUCUGCCACAUGGCCAGCUACUAUGCGCGGCAGGACUGUCUGUGCCACGCCCAGCUGCUGUUGCUGCAGGCCGAGGAGCUGCGCGCCCAGUUCGAUGAGCGAGUUGGCAAGAGCGACAUUGUGCAGAUCACAAUCCAGACAGUUCGCUUUCGAUUGGACUACCUGCGGAAGAAGCGGUGCAGCAGCCUUACUAGGAGGCCGUCGCCCCUGCGACAGCUAGACACGCUGGUCGACAGCGUGCGCAACUACUGCACAGUGUCCAGCGUGGACCUGGGAGCCCUGCAGCUGCUGCUGGCUGACCUCGUGAGGGAGAGCACCGAGUGUGCGGCCAAUCGGCUGACCGAGCGGUUCGCCUUUUACGGCACCACGCUUAACCUGGUGCUGCAGUCGGGUAUGGCCCUGCGGACCAUUGAGGUGCUCAUCUCGUGGCUCUGGAUGAACCUGCAGAAUGAGUACCUGGACCAGGCGCAGUCCAAGCUGCGCCUCCUGGACCAUUUGCUCGCCAUCAAGCCGCUUAGUCGAACGCUGGUGGAGCAGACAUCGGCCAAAUACAUCCCCGCAAUAGCCGCCAAGGAAGAUCUCAAGGCGAAUGCCAUGAGCGAGCUGACCAGCAACAUGCUGCUCAUGCAGCUCGUGGAGCCGAUAAAGAAGCAGAACCAGCUGGACGUGGCCACACUCAAGUCUCUGCCCAUGCACGAGCCAAUUCCCACCAGCCAUCAGCUGCAGCGCUAUGUGAGCAAGCAAGGGAUGCCGCCCCAUGUACGGGACAGCAUGCAGCUGCAAUGUAUCUACUUUAUCGUGGGAUGUCUCCAUGCCCGCUUCAGCUUCUUGAAAAGGGAGACCGAUCAGCUGGACGACUUCUACGUAGGGGCAGGCAAUUGGCUGCAGGAGGAUCCCGUACGCACCGCCACACUGGGCUCCAUGCUCGUCGUGCACGAACUCUACCACAUCAACUAUCUUCGCUUCAGAAAGAAGAACAAGGAGGCUCUCAGCUAUGCGGAGGCAGCUCUCAAAUCAGUGCCCCAAACGGCGGAAAUAAACUAUAGCUUCAACCUCAUGGUCCAGAUAAAGACGGCCCGGUUUGAGCUGCAUCUCGUUGGCAAAGCGAGGGCGAAGACCAUUAGGCGAGCCCUCGCUUUUAACACUUCGCCAGAGGAUAAACGCAGGAAAGGUGUUGUUGAGGGGACUACCAAGGCAAAAUCAUCUGCCAGAAAGACGCCCAGGUUCAAGAUAUACACGGAGCUGGAAUUGCGACCACCCAUCGGCUGCAGCAACAGCAGCAGCAGUAGCAGCAAGAGCGGCAAUGAGAACACGCCACCAUCGGAUCAUGUGGAUCUGAAUGCCUGCCAGACGAUCGAGAUAAGCGAUGACGAUGCUGCUUCGGUUUCCGCUUCGCCUCCGGCUCCCUCUCAACUGAAACGAUCCCAAUCUGUGCCAGCCAAGGCCACAAAGACACGCUCCGCUAGAAUUGCCUCAGUGAAGCGGUAUCCGACUAGUGAUGCAAGGAGCACUCGUGCCCGCAACAUGCAACUCGAGGAAACGCCAGCGACCACGCGGGGACGACCACGUCGGAAGGUACCGGAGCCUGCACCUCAGCAGGAGACAGUCAGCCUUAGGCGGCGGCAAAGCAACUUAUCAGAACUGACACUUGCAUAG